AGUGAGAGGGAGAGUCUGCGUGCGGGUCAGUCAAGGGACAGAAUGACAGUGAGAGGGAGAGUCUGCGUGCCGGUGAAUCAAAGACGUGAUGGGCAUUUCUUUCCAGCUCAUUAGCUUAUGGGCUCACCUCACCUGGACCUUAAAUUUCUCUUAUAAAUUUGCAGAGCCUUGCUCCUACCAAGGUUCCUUUGAACGAUGCUUGGGUUGAGAAAGGAAGUGCUAAGGCUGCUGCUACCAAUGUCUCUGCCGUCCCCUAUUCUUCGGCCUGAAUCCGGCCGCCUCCUCCUGCUGCUGUUACUCUCGGCGUCACUGUCUUCCGUCGCUCCUACUUUUGCUGUUCCAAUCAUUCAGCUGGUGAACAUCACAGGGUCAGGCAACGCGACCAUAAGAGAUGGAGGCAAUGUCAUCGACAUUCGGAUGGAUAGGUACUCAGCCACUGGUCUCCGGUCCAAGCAACUGUUCCUCUUCUCUCGGGUGGAUAUGCAGAUGCGACUGCCCCCUGACGAUACUUCUGGGACAAUCACCUCCUUUUAUAUGUCAUCAGAAGGGAAUUUCCAUGAUGAGAUUGAUUUUGAGUUCUUGGGCAACCUGAAGGGCCAACCCUACAUACUGCUUACUAACAUCUUUAUUCAAGGCAAAGGGGAGAGGGAGAUGAUGUUCUAUCUUUGGUUUGAUCCAAGGACUGCAUUCCACACCUACACCAUCCUCUGGAAUCCAUGGUUUAUCAUACUAUACAUCGAUGGGCAGCCCAUCAGAGUCUUCCCCAACCUCGUGGGCUUUGGAAUUCCAUUUCCUACAAGGCAGCCAAUGACUGUCCAAGCCAGCAUAUGGAAUGCGGACUGGGCAACUCAGGGUGGUCGCGUGCCGAUAAACUGGAGCCACGCUCCCUACAUCGCCUCCUACGCCAACAUGAGCUCAAUCCCGUGCCCCGCUACCUCCAAGAACCCUAUUUGCAAGCUACCAUCCCCUCAAAGCUUUCAUGGCAAAGUGCCUCAACUCGACUCUUGGACCAACAAGACGAUCCACAUUCUGCAGGACAAGUACAUGGCAUACAGCUAUUGCUCUGACGCCAAGCGCUUCCCCAAAGGCCUCCCUCCGGAGUGCUCUGUCAAAUUCUAGCUCCACACAGUUUCUCCAUAUGUUCUUUCUCUCGUUGUACGAAGCAAUUCGAUUUCUUGGCCUUAAUGUCUUCCACCAUUCUCAAUUUAUCGAUUCUUUCCUGAUAGAAAUGCGAUUAGAGUAGCCUCAACGUCUUUCCGCAA